AUGAUCCAAAAGGCGAGACUCGAGCACACGGGAGACCCUCGACAACCUCGACUGCCACUCAUUCGACUGCGGCUCGAGUUCACGGAUGAGAGCCAUCAGUUCCAUUCCGCUCAGUUCGGCGCCCAAUACAAUGGACGGGUGGCCAACCCGUCGGAAGUGAUUCAUUACGUCAAACGUAAAGACAAUCGCAUUUAUGAAGACGAGGGGAAUAUAGACUUAAACGAAAUGCGAGCCCUUCUGGACGAUGAGGUGCUCGGAGAGAGGGUUAACAUAACGAACAUUAUUAAAGAAUAUUUCGAUAAAAUUGAAGACCAGAAACUCAAAUUAGGAUUACUUUCGGAGAAUGCCUUAACUCUUGCAGUCAUUGAGUUAGUGGAGAAGGACUCGACGGAAGCCAUCGCUGAUGUCUAUGAGGCACAGAAGGAAAGCAUGAAGAGGUGUCUCUUGGCUUUAGAGGACCUCCAAGUCGAUGAUAUUAAGAAUGAAAUCAGAAGAAUCAAGAAUGAGAAUCCAUUUGGGAGUGAUUCACAAGAUUUAGACCGAAUUCUAGCAGAAAGUCGAACGAGAAAUAGAAGUGCUGUUAAGACAGAGCCCAUCGAUGAAGACAAUGGCAAUCAGUCAGACAUUGAAUUCAUGGGUGGAAGUAAUGGAAUGAAUGGGUCGGACGCGGAGGAGGAGGAGUCGAGACAGACGGCCACUCGAGGCAGAGGUCGCGGACGGGGACGAGGAAGUCGUGGUCGGGGGCGGGCGACCGUCAAAAGGAGUCCUGAAAGCAAAUAUCGUGCCUCUACUCAGCAAACUCUGGACGUAAUGGGAGCGUCGACUGCAUCCACCUCUUCAUCCACUUGUUCAUCGCGAAGGAACUCUCCGCGAAGAGCCGCAGCCGCCAAGAAACCCAAAGCCGCUGUUUUCCAACACUUACCGCUCGGUAACCUUACAUCCGAAGAGCCGUCGGUUAUAAUUAAGCGAAAUCUCGAUGUUUUCGAAAGGAUUGCAUCCAUCGCUUCCAAAGAGGGGGUCCAAAUAUUGGUAUAUCCUGAGGAUGCCAUCAUUAACACCAGAUACCCGCGGUCUAAAAUUGCUCAAAUCGCUGAACAAAUCCCCGAUCCACUCAUUGGAAAUCAUAAUCCCUGUGAUAACCCCUCUGAAUAUGAAGAUAAAGUGAAGACAUACAGAUUGAGUUGUUUUGCCAAAACUAAUAACUUAUAUAUUGUGGCCGAUUAUGGCGAUCGAGUCGAGUGCGACACUACAUCCGAUGUGAACUGUCCCACUGAUGGCCAUUAUCUGUUUAAUACUGCGGUGGCAUUUGGUCCGGACGGGGCAUUAUUGGCGAAGUACCACAAAAUGCAAUUAUUCCAUGAAUUCCAUUACAAUGUUCCGCCGAAACCAGAACUUAUUCACUUCGACACUCCUUUCGGAAGAAUGGGUUUAUUUAUAUGCUUUGAUAUAUUAUUCAAAAACCCUGCCACUGAUCUCAUCAGCAAAUAUGGGGUCAAGACUAUGCUAUACCCGUUGUGGUGGUUCGAUGAAUUGCCAUUCAAAUCGGCAAAUCAGGUUCAGGAGGGCUGGGCUUUCACUAAUCAGGUCAACCUUUUAGCCGCAAACAUGCAGUUCCCACAGUCAGGUUCGAUUGGGAGCGGAAUAUAUUCGGGACAAAACGGACCAAUGAUUGAGUCGAAUAUAUCCGAAGAAAAAGCUCAUCUAAUGAUUGCUGACAUUCCCAUCGAUAGCAAGAAUACUGGCGCUAAAUGUUUGGCCAAUAGAUAUAAUAAACGCAUUGUAAUCGAUGAUUUGGUCGAUUCGUCAGAGUAUAAGCCAUUCGUAUCAUUGGAUUUGAAGGGUUCCGCUCUUUAUCGGCUAAAAGGCGAACAAAAUUCGGCCGAAGUAUGCAAUAAUGGCUUUUGCUGUCAACUCGACUAUAGUGUUCAAAAUGGACUGUCUUUAAAAGGCAACUCAUAUUGGCUUAUAGUGGCCAACAGGAGCGGACACGGACUCUCGCAGUUGAGAUACCCGUUAUGUGAAGAGUUUUGUGGAGUCUUCCAGUGUGAGGACGACAGUUGUCAGUCUUUUCCAACCAAAUCAAAUGAAUCCAUUUUCAAGAAUAUAAAAAUUAGCGCCAAAUUCAGCACUAAUUAUGUUUAUCCGAGCGCUACAACUAAUGAUUUAAAACAGAUCUCAAUGCAUAAAUGGAUUCAUCGCGACUCCAAACAAAUUGGUUCCGAAGUGACUCUUAGUUUACAAGACAUUGAUGAACCAGUCCUGUCAAUGGGUUUAUACGGCAGGUGCUAUGAUCGUGACCCGCCUUAUCGACAAUAAUUACAGUGCAAACAUUAAUUAGUCAUUUAAUUCUGUUACCGUUUUAUUAAAAAUAAAUAUUGAAAUUUAUAA